AUGUUUGACAGUUCCCAGUACCCCUAUAACUGCUUCAAUGACGACGCCGACGACUACCCUGCCGGCAGCUCCGACGAGGAAAAAAGGCUCACAAGACCGGCAUACAGCUACAUCGCGCUGAUCGCCAUGGCCAUCCAGCAGAGCCCCGCGGGACGCGUGACCCUGUCCGGCAUCUACGACUUUAUUAUGCGCAAGUUCCCCUAUUACCGCGCCAACCAGCGCGCCUGGCAGAACUCCAUCCGGCACAACUUGUCGCUCAACAGCUGCUUCGUCAAGGUGCCACGAACUGAGGGCCACGAUAAGGGCAAAGGCAACUACUGGACGUUCGCGGGCGGCUGCGAGUCCCUCCUGGAUCUUUUCGAGAAUGGCAACUUCCGUCGGCGACGCAGGCGACGCGGCCCCAAGCGCGAGGGACCCCCAGGUUCCCUCGAGCCAGCAGCGCGCGGGUCCCCGGACCCCGACAGCGCGCGAGCCCCGGACCGCGAGGCCCAGGCUAGCCCUGCCACACACAGAGACAUCAAAUUCAGCAUUGACUACAUCCUGUCUUCCCCGGACCCUUUCCCUGCGCUCAGGUCGCCCUGUCACUUCCAGGAAGCCAGGUAUCCGGCACUGGAGCCCCAUCAAAUGAGCUUCCAUUUUUGGGCAGCAUGAGGUGGCCUCCGAAGCUCUGCAGUCCGUUGAGGACUUGGGCCUGAUCUCCCCUGAAGGAACGACUUGAACCAGGGAUCUUGAAUCAAGAACCCUGGACGUUGCCACAUCUACAUACAUCUUCCCAGACGGCCCGGGGAACUCAGCUCUCCACUUGGAGGAAAGCUCUG